GUACUAAUUCUCUCCCCAGUGAAACACAAACAGCUGUUACUGUAGCAGUGGACAGGCUCACUACGUUGCACAAUUCUAGAUACCAACGAGCACACAGUGCAUAUCAACAGCUUAUCAGCAGUGGAUUUUUCCCUACUCUGGCUCUCCCUGCAUCAGUGUACAAAAUAAUGCAAACACCAUAUGACAGAGGACUUUGGAACACCUAAGUAGCAAUUACAGAGCUUGCUGCCUGCCUGUCAUUUGGGAUUGUCUGUCGACUCCAAAAGAGACAGUCAACACUUUUAUAGGAGUGUUCAUAGCAAUAUGAGUGACUUAACAGAGUUUGAAAGAUGCCAGAUAGUUGCUGCACGACUAUCAGGUGCAUCUGUCACAAAAACUGCUCAGCUGUUUAAUGUGGCGAGAGGAACAGUCUCCAGAGUCAUGACCGUAUAUGUCAAACAUGGACGGACAGCAUCAGCAAAGAAAAACAGCGGGCGCAAGUCAAAGCUCACUGAAAAGGAUCGACAGACACUUCUCAGGAUAGUUGAUGAACACCCUGAGUUUACUGCCUCAAAAAUAACCACAGAGUUGAAUAGACACCUCUCUCACACCGUCUCAGUAAAAACUAUACGGCGCGAGCUUCACAAAGCUGGUAUUUUUAGAGGAGCAGCCAAUCGGAAUCCAGAGACCAAGACUGACACGCAAAAGCCAGAUGUAAAGAACGCUAAACCUGAACCUGACAAAGAGUGUGACACACAAAAACCUGGUGAAGAGAGCACAAGACCUGAAAUGCAAACAAAUGACAAAGAGUGUGGCACACAAAAGCCUGUGGAAGACAAAACAAUGUCUGAACCCCAGGCUAGUGUCGAAGAGUACAACACAGAAACAUCUGAAGAGAGAAUACAACCUGAACCCCAAGUCGAUGAAGAAGAGUACAGCACACAAAAGCCGGGUGAAGAGAGCACAGGACCUGAAUUCCAGACAAGUGAAAAGGAAUAACAUGGUAUAGUGUGUUGUAUUUCAGCCAUCCAACAUCCGGAUUGGUCAUGUUAAGGGAAAACCACAGAAUGCCUUCCCCCCUUAAUUCAAUCCAAUUUUAUUUAUAUAGCGCCAAUUCAUACAGAAGUUAUCUCAUUGCACUUUUCCUAUAGAGCAGGUCUAGACCGUACUCUUUAUAAUAUUAAUUACACACCCAACAAAUCCCACCAUGAGCAAGCAUUUGGCGACAGUGGCAAGGAAAAACUUCCUUUAAAAGGGCAGAAACCUUGGACAGAACCAAGUUGCUUACUGCCCAUGGAUCUGUAAUAACAUUUCAGUUUUUAGUUUUGAUUAUUUAUUUUGCAUGAAUGCAUCAUGGUGCAAUAUUCAGGCUUUUCCCAAGCUUCUUCACUUUUCCUGGUUUACAAGCCAACAAAACUUCAAUGUAGACUGUUGAGAAUUAACCUAAAUAGUUUAAAAUAUCCAUACUGUUGAUGUUUAACAGUAUUUUAGAAUAUUGUUCAAUGCAAAACACUAAAUUCAGUACAGAUAAUGAAUCGGAAAAUUGACGGUUUGUUCCUAAUAUGUAGACCAAUGCCAUGCUGAGAUGAUAUCAGCUGUUUUACACCAUAUCUGAUCGUUUGUGUUGUACUGUAAAGCAUGGCCUUUUUGAAGUUAUAUGUACCAGAAAAACCUCUUGUGGAUAAAGUGUGAAACCAAGCAGCAACUACAAUCCCGUAAGAGUCUUAAAAUAUAGUUCCUCUACUGUCUCAAAAAGUCAUACUGUAUAGAACAGCUUACUUUUUGAAAUAUGAAUGAAUUUUUAUUAUAUAUAGAUAUAGUCUUCUAACAUGUCUUGGUGGUGAUUUUUUUUUUAAAUGUAAUGUUUAAUUAUGAGGAUAUUAAGCCCUAAAGAGAAGUACUAUAUGUUUUGGGGCUCAGUUGACAGGUUUCUCAGGCUAUCAUGCUGAACUGCAGUGGUUGCUGCUGGCUCAUCCCAUCUCAGCUUCACCCAGGCUCUACCCAAAUCCAAAAGCCAAACUAAGUGCAGAUGAAGCACUUUUGUCUACUUUUAUAAAAUGUAAAAUGAUACAAUGAAAUGGAACAUUUGGCACAUUCACCGGCACUACUUACUUUUUGCUGCAAAUGUAUUGAAUGAUAAUUGAUUACCCCACAAUAAGGUAUUGAAUCUGAAUCGUCACAUCCCUCCCAUGCCACCUCUUGCUUUUGUAUACUAAAUUUCACAUUUGUAGCACCUGCAUGUGCAUAGCUGUGGCAGGGAUAGGAGUGAGACACAAAGCAUCAGACAACAUAUGUAAUGUUUGUACUGCAUAUUAAAACACAGAAAAGUA